AUGGCAAACGCCAAAGUGGUUUGGUCUCUCCCACCAGACAGGCAGGCACAGAGCUUGGCACACAACAGACCUCAGGGGAUUGGGAACAGCAAUCCCCACCUCAACAAUUUGGCGCCCCCACUUUCCCAGGGGAAACUGGGGGACCCUCUAGCCGGAAGGAAGCGCGAGGCCGUCCUGAAGGUGCUGGAGAACCUGACCCCGGAGGAGCUCAAGAAAAAAUAAAAGAAAGAAAAAUUCAAGAUGAAGCUGGGGACUGUGCCGCUGCGCGAGGGCUUUGAGCGCAUCCCGCGGGGCGCACUCGGGCAGCUAGAAAUCGUGGACCUCACCGACAAGCUGGUCGCCUCCUACUACGAGGACUACGCAGCCGAGCUCGUCGUGACCGUGCUGCUCCACAUGGGUAUGCUGGAGGAGGCGGUACAGCUGCCGCGGGCCGCGUGA